AUGAGUACCAGCCAAGGCCCUUCUCAAGUUUUUUGUGGGUCCCUCAGGGGUAGUUCAGGGUGUGGUUUGGCCCAGCAAGGAACUUCUUACAGACCUUCAAGUGCAGAUGGUGGUGCCAGCAGCACACAUACCUCUUUCUGCUCUGCCAGACCCCUCUGGCUGGCUACUGGAGGAGAGGCACCUUGGGGAGGCUUCAGCUUCAGCGAGCACCAUGGGGAAAGCAUCUUCCUGGGUGGGAAUGAGAAACAGACUAUGCAAAACCUGAAUGACCGUUUGGCUGCCUAUCUGGACAAGGUCCGCUCCUUAGAAGCAGCUAAUGCUCAGCUGGAAAGCUGCAUCCUGGAGUGGCACAAGACAAAGUCUCACGGAAAGAGGCAUGACUUCAACCAAUACGAGCAAAACGUCACUGACAUGCAAAGACAGAUUGAGGAUGGCAAGAUCACCAAUGCCAGUAUCCUUUUACAAAUUGAUAAUGCUAACAUGGCAUCUGAAGACUUCAGGCUCAAGUAUGAAGCAGAGAAGUCUCGCAGGCAGGGAGUGCAGCUUGAUGUUGAGAACCUGCGUAAGGAGCUCGACGGCCUGACCAUUGUUACAACAGAUCUGGAAAUGGAAAUUGAGGGUUUAAGAGAAGAGCACAUCCUCAGGAGGAAAGGCCAUGAGGAGGAUAUGGAAGCAAAUCGCUCAUCACAAGACUUCAAAGUCAAUGUAAAAGUAAAUGCAGCACCUCCUGAAGACUUAGCCAAGAUUCUAGCAGAAAUAAGAGAAGAUUAUGAAGCCAUAAUUGAAAAGAAUCGUCAAAGCCUGGACAGUUGGUACAAAGAACAGAGCGCAGCUGUGUCUCUGGCAGCAACCCCUAAUCCCGAACAGAUACAGCAGCGCAAUGAGAAUGAGAUCAAGGAUCUAACACGUACUUUGCAGUCCCUGGACAUCGAGCUGCAGGCACAGAUGAGCAAGAAACACAUGCUGGAAGACACCUUGGCUGAGACUCGGAAUUACUAUGCUCUUGCACUUCAAAACAUGCAGCAGAUCAUCUCCAAAUGUGAGGAAGAGCUAAGCCAGGUUCGUCACGACAUUAAGCGGCAAAAUAACCAAUACAAGGUUCUUCUUGGGAUCAAAACUCGCCUGGAGAAGGAAAUUUCCACUUAUCGCCUGCUGCUAGAAGGGAAUGUUGACGGGAUAGCAAGAAAAUCUGAAUCAAAAGCCAAAGGUAAAAGUCCCUUAUUUUGUUCUCUAUAG